UUAACCGUAAACUGAUGAAUACAUUUCUAAGCCAGUGUUACUUACUACUCAUUAAAGCAGCACAGGCAGGGUACAAAACACAACCCAUCAAAAAAGCUGCGAUAAUCUGAAAUGCUUCUAUUCCAGUGCUGUGUUUUCGCCAUAUUGUGCUCUGUUUCAGCUCACAUAAGCCCUAAACUCAACGAGUACAAAGUAAAGAAAAUCGACGUUUCGGACGCAUCAUGCAAAUACGUAAUUAGCGAACUGGUCGGCAUCGAUCGGAAACUCUUCAACAUAUCCUCGUUCUUCCCGUGGCUGCAAAAAAUCGCCGAUAACUACAAAAAUCCCGCAAAAAUCUACCGCAAGAAACGGGACAUGGCCUUCUUAGUCGAUAUGCUCAACUCGGGCGCAGUUAAUGCGAUUCUGGAUAGCCUGGGGAGGAUCCUCAAAAUGGCAUCGCCCUGUUUGAGUUAUUCGAGGGACUAUUUGAAGUUUUGGGUCCAUGAUGUAUCGGGAAGAAUCAUCAAGGACCAGUGGAACCGCUUUUUCGAGUUGGAAUAAUGCAGGCAGAAUGUGAAUAGUGAAUAUAUGCGAAUAAAGUUCAUUUAAAAAUGA